AUGGAUAAUCAUGGGCAUCCACCUCCAUAUGGAUAUCCAAACCCAUAUGCAUACCCUCCUCCAUAUCCCAAUCCAUAUCCAUAUCCAUAUUCAUCAUAUCCACCUCAAUCUCAUGAUCCGGCUGAUCCACGUCCACCUCCACCACCACCACCACAUGCAACCACUCCUUAUUCACCGUAUCCACAAAAUUCUUCAUACCCCUUCAACUACAACUACUCCUAUCCACCACCUCCUCCAUCAAACCCUUCAGAGUAUCCUCCUCCUCAACAAUCUCAUGCUUAUCCUUAUCCUUACCCUUACCCUUACUCUUCAUACCCUUAUCCAUAUCCUUACCAAGCCCUUCCAAUCAAAGAUGAUCCAAAACCAGACUCUCCUCAUACUUCUCCUUACCCUACUUUGAGUGAUCUUAUGAACAAUACUCAGAUAUCUGAUAACAGACCAAAUACACCUCCUUUAUUGGCACAUUCCAAUUCUGUUUCUACUGAAGAGAGGCAAGAAGAUUUUUGUGGUCAUUCUAGUCAUCAUUCCUUUUCAGGUUUUGAGAAUUCUUACUAUGAUAUGGGGGGUUCACCCAAACUUUCAGCUGCUUCGUCUGAUGACUCUCUGUAUAACCAGAGUUUGCAGAUUGUUCCGGUUCAGAGUAAAGGCUCUCUGAAGUUUUUGCUUUUGCAUGGUAAUUUAGAUAUAUGUAUUCAUGGAGCUAAGAAUCUUCCUAAUAUGGAUAUGUUUCAUAAGACUUUAGAUGAUAUGUUUGGCAAAUUUCCUGGUAAUGUGGGGAAUAAGAUCGAGGGAACAAUGAGUAGGAAGAUUACUAGUGAUCCUUAUGUUUCGAUUUCUUUGUUAAAUGCUGUAGUUGGUAGAACUUUUGUGAUUAGCAAUAGUGAAAAUCCUGUUUGGGAGCAACACUUUUAUGUUCCUGUUGCACAUAAUGCUGCUGAAGUGCAUUUUGUUGUUAAGGAUAGUGAUGUGGUUGGUUCACAACUUAUUGGUGUUGUUGCGAUUCCGGUGGAGCAGAUAUAUACGGGUGAAAAGAUACAUGGGUCUUACCCUAUCCUUAAUAACAGCGGGAAGCCUUGUAAGCAAGGUGCUGUGUUGACUGUUUCCAUUCAAUUCAUUCCAAUGGAGAAGCUGUCCAUUUAUCAUCAAGGAGUUGGAGCGGGGCCUGAUUAUAUUGGUGUGCCGGGAACAUAUUUUCCGUUGAGGAAAGGCGGAACUGUUACUCUAUAUCAAGACGCUCAUGUUCCGGAUGGAUGCCUCCCUAAUGUCAUGCUUGAUAAUGGAAUGCAUUAUGCUAAUGGAAAGUGUUGGGCUGACGUCUUUGAUGCGAUACAGCAAGCAAAGCGUUUGGUUUACAUUACAGGGUGGUCGGUGUGGCACAAAGUUAGGUUGCUAAGGGAUGCCGGUCAUUCUCAUGAAACGGAUUUCACCCUUGGUGAUCUUUUGAGGUCCAAGUCUUCAGAAGGAGUAAGAGUGCUUCUCCUUGUUUGGGAUGACCCCACCUCAAGAAGCAUUCUUGGUUAUAAGACAGACGGUGUCAUGGCAACUCAUGAUGAGGAAACUCGACGAUUUUUCAAACACUCUUCUGUGCAAGUGCUACUUUGUCCUCGCAUUGCUGGAAAAAGACACAGUUGGGCCAAGCAAAAGGAAGUUGAAACAAUAUAUACACAUCAUCAGAAGACUAUAAUUGUGGACGCUGAUGCUGGAAAUCACAGAAGAAAAAUUGUAGCAUUUAUUGGUGGACUUGAUUUGUGUGACGGCCGAUUUGAUACUCCUCAUCAUCCCCUCUUUAGGUCGCUGCAGACACUGCACAAGGAUGAUUAUCACAACCCUACUUUCACGGGUAGUACUGGUGGCUGUCCGCGGGAACCAUGGCACGACUUGCAUUCUAAAAUUGAUGGUCCAGCAGCUUAUGAUAUUCUGACCAAUUUUGAGGAGCGCUGGUUAAGAGCUGCAAAACCUACAGGGAUAAAAAAGUUUAGGAGUUCGUAUGACGAUGCGUUGCUCAAGAUAGAAAGAAUUUCAGAUAUUAUCCCUAUGUCUGGCGCUCCUAGUGAUGGUGAUGAUAAUCCUGAAGCUUGGCAUGCUCAGAUAUUUCGUUCAAUUGAUUCAAGCUCUGUCAAGGGAUUUCCCAAGGAGCCAAAAGAUGCAUCAGAAAAGAAUCUAGUAUGCGGGAAGAAUGUGCUGAUAGACAUGAGUAUACAUACAGCAUAUGUGAAGGCCAUUCGCGCCGCGCAGCAUUACAUUUACAUAGAGAAUCAAUAUUUCAUUGGUUCUUCAUACAAUUGGAGCCAAAAUAAAGACAUUGGUGCUAAUAAUUUAAUUCCAAUGGAGAUUGCGCUGAAGAUUGCUGAAAAAAUAAAGGCAAAUGAGAGGUUUGCAGUAUACAUAGUUAUUCCAAUGUGGCCAGAGGGUAAUCCAACAGGUGCUGCCACUCAAAGGAUUCUAUUUUGGCAGCAUAAAACAAUGCAAAUGAUGUACGAGACAGUUUACAAGGCUUUGGCUGAAGUUGGGCUUGAAGCAGCGUUCUCUCCACAAGACUAUUUGAACUUUUUCUGUCUUGGAAACCGAGAAGCCAUAGAUAUGCAUGAGAAUAUCGUUGUGUCUGGAAUUCCUCCCCCACCAAAUACUCCACAAGUAAAUAGUCGAAAUAACCGACGGUUCAUGAUUUAUGUUCAUUCAAAAGGCAUGAUUGUUGAUGAUGAAUAUGUGAUAUUGGGGUCAGCAAACAUUAAUCAGCGCUCUAUGGAAGGAACAAGGGACACUGAGAUUGCAAUCGGAGCUUAUCAACCUCAAUAUACAUGGGCGAAAAAGCAGUCUUAUCCACGUGGACAGGUUCAUGGAUACAGAAUGUCACUUUGGGCAGAACAUACGGGCACCGUCGAAGACUGUUUCUUACAACCAGAGAGCCUGGACUGUGUGAGAAGGGUUAGAACGAUGUCUGAAAUGAACUGGAAUCAAUUUGCAUCAAAUGAUUUGACAGAGAUGCGAGGACAUCUAAUAAAGUACCCUGUAGAAGUUGAUAGAAAGGGUAAGGUUAGAUCUCUUCCUGGUCAUGAAGAGUUCCCUGAUGUUGGAGGAAAGAUAAUAGGAUCAUUCAUUGCCAUUCAAGAGAAUCUAACCAUUUGA